UCCUGUUUUAUACAUGACAUUGUUAAAUUGGAGAUGAGCAUUUGGAGGUCGAGUUGUAGUCGAUCAUUAUCAGGACUAUAAUAUGCAGGCUAGGAAAGACAAAUCUAACAUGAACACGAAGAUGAAUGGUAAUCCUCCUCCUCCUCCUCCUCCUCCUCCUCAAAUUGAACGGAAAAUCUACGCCAACCUCGACCAGAGCAAUCCUUAUGCUCAAAGUCCACCAGUUCCCUCAUCAAAUUUACCUGGCAACAAGCGUCCCAUAGAUAAGGUGCUUGACACAUUGAAUCAGUGCGGUAAAAGGGUUGAAGGUGCCUCCAAAAGAGUAGACACCAUUACAGACAAUGUCUGGAAUCACUUGAGGAUGAGUCCUAAUCUUGCAGACGCAGCAAUGGCGAGGCUCACUCAUGGGACAAAGGCUCUUACAAGAGGGGAUGAAAAAGUAUUCCAGCAAACAUUUGAGACUAUCAUGCUACAUGAGAAGCUCCUGCAUUCAUAUGCAUGCUAUCUCUCAACUUCUACUGGACCUGUGAUUGGAAUGCUGUAUAUUUCCAACAAAAGAAUAGCCUUUUGUAGUGAUUUCUGUCACUAUAUUUCCCCAGCACAGCCAAACACUUAUUACAAGGUGGUGCUGCAGCUUGAUCAAUUAAGAGCAGUGAAUCCUUCUGCAAAUAGAUGGAACCCCUCAGAGAAAUACAUACAGAUAGUCACAAGAGAUGGUCAUGAAUACUGGUUCAUGGGGUUCAUAUCUUAUGUAAAGGCCCUCAGUAAUCUAACUCAUGCUAUAAACCCAAGUUCUGGUGGAACUCCUUAACCGUAUAACUUCAAUUAACUUCUACAUAUUGUAAUGUGGUGCAACUAUGUCUACUACAGUUGUAAGUAGACUCGAGCCGCUCGUGUUCGGUUCAUUUUUAGCCCGUUCAGCUCCAGUUCAUAAAGUUAAAUAAGCCAAUUUUGAGUUCAAUAUUAAGCCCGGUCUUGAAAAUGAGCCAAGCUUGAACAAUUAGUAUUCGGCUCGUUUGACUCGUUUAGCUCGUAAGCUAGCUCGGAAUCGUUAAAAACUCGGCUCGUUUAUUAAUUAAGCUUGACUUAUUAACUUUUAUCAGUAUCGUAUCGGUUUUGUAAAAUAAGUAUAUAAUGAGAAUA